GAAGAGAGUCCCUCUGUUUCCUUCCUUCUUCCAUGGGGUUUCCUCGUCUUCCACACUGUAUCCGAAAGCGACAUUUGGCCAAUCACUCUCCUCUGAGUCACGACGUCCUUUGCUCUUCAUCUUCACCUUCUGAAUUCGCUUCUCUGCUACGCUAUUUCCCUCUCUCUCUCUCUCUCUCUCUCUCUCUCUCUCUCUCUACACUGUGAAUCCGUUUUCAGAGUUUCGUUUCGAUGGGUUCUGAGGUAAUGGAGAAGAAGGAGGCAACAAUGUCUAAAGGGAAAGACCUCGUCGAUGUCGUCUUCUCGUGGUCUCUUCCUGAUGUGCUCAACAAACGCCUCUUCAAAGGCCAGGUUGGGGAGAUUCCUAGUACGUUCCCAUCCUGCAUGGCUUACUUCAAGUCCUUUGUUCCAGCACUGAUCGAAGAAACACAUGAGGACUUGAUGUCAAGCAUGAGAGCACUGCAUCACGCACCAGCUUUCGAGAUACGCGAAAUCAGACACAACAAAGGUUUCAAAGGUCCUAAUAACUUGUUGUAUGAUUUGUACUUACAAGGGAUGUCUGAUGUCAAGACUGAUGGAGAUCGUAAGCAAUUGGAGCCGAGAGAUCUUAUUGCAGUGACACUCAAGAAGCCGAAUCGUGUUGAUGACUUGAGAAUUUUCAACGAGCCUUUCUUACUGGCUCUUGUCUGCAAUAUGGAUCCGGACAAUCCCACUGUGCUCACUGUUUUGGCCUCGAAGCCCAUCCUUUCGGAUAACAUAGGGAUAGACAAGAGAAAGAAGGAGACAUUGUAUGGAGUCUAUCUGAUCAACAUGAUGACCAACAUUCGUAUCUGGAAAGCCCUCCAUCCGGGGAAAGAAGGCGGGAACCUGAACCUCAUUUCAAGAGUUCUUGAGGGCAGCGGUGAUGACGGUGCAGCUUGCCUUCCAUGUCUACUUGAGGAAAACGACAUUUUCGAUCCUCGUCAUUUCCAUGGUCUGAUACGUUCACACAAGCUGAAUUCAUCGCAGAAAGAGGCAAUCUUGCACUGUUUGGAAGCCAGGAAAUGCUACCAUACCAAUACAAUCAAACUGAUAUGGGGGCCUCCGGGAACGGGAAAAACGAGUACAACGAGCGUGCUAUUGCUGACACUUCUCAAGACGAGAUGUCGAACCUUGACAUGUGCUCCGACUAACAUAGCCGUUCUUGAAGUGGCAUCAAGAGUUGUAAAAUUAGUCUCGGGAUCGUCCGAGAUGGGUGGAUAUGGUCUUGGAGAUAUAGUUUUGUUUGGGAAUGGCAAGAGGAUGAAGAUCGAUGAUCGGGAUGACCUUAUUGAUGUCUUCUUGAGUCACCGGGUCGAACAGCUCUAUUAUUGCUUAAUGCCUGUCACUGGUUGGAGAGCUUCGGUAGAUUCAAUGAUACGUUUACUCACUGACCCAAAGGGGUUGUAUCUUGAAUAUUUGAAGAAUGAGAAACGUUCGAAAAAUGAGGUAAACAAGGAAAUUGAUUCAGCCACCAAACACAGAGGAAAUGGCAACAAGGAAAAGCAAAAAUGGGUCGAGAAGAUAGAGAAGCAAAUUGUUUGUAAUGCCCUAGAAGAAAAGAGGAAAAAGGAGCGAAAAGGGGAUCGCGUAAAGGAAACGACCAAACACAACGGGAAUGAUCACAAGGAGAAACAAAAAAGGGUUGGGAAAAUACAGAAACAGGUUGCUUCUAAUGGCUUGGAAGAAAAGCAGGAUCAUGUAAAGGAAACAGAGGAAGUACUUUGCGAAGAAGAACCAUCUAUGUCAUUUGAGGAAUUUGUAGAACAGAGAUUUAGUUACCUCAGAAACAUUCUGCAGCGUCAUUUCUCGAGUUUGUGUUUGCAUCUUCCUACCACUUUGCUUUCACCCCAAGUGGCGGGGAAGAUGUUUCAAACUAUUAAUCUUCUCAGAGAUACAGUUGUGGGUACCGAGGAAGGAAGUCACACGAUAAAAGUUUGCCUCAAGAUGCUAAGAUCGAUUCAUUGCUCUUUCACGCUUCCAGAUCUUUUGGACACGAAUGAUAUUAAGAAACUUUGCUUGGGAAAUGCAUGCCUUCUCUUCUGUACUGCAUCUGGUUCUGCCAAAUUAUAUACAGAAGAACCGGUCCAGCUUCUUGUCAUCGAUGAAGCUGCCCAGCUGAAAGAAUGUGAAUCAGCCAUUGCUUUGCAGCUACCAAGGCUUCGACAUGCCAUUUUGAUCGGUGACGAGUGUCAACUUCCUGCCAUGAUCCAAAGCAAGCUUGCUUCAGAGGCUAAACUAGGGAGAAGUUUAUUCCAAAGGCUGGUUCUGCUCGGGCGGAAAAAACAUUUGCUUAGUACCCAAUACCGAAUGCAUCCUUCUAUAAGUAUUUUCCCCAACCGAGAGUUCUACAAUACGAAAAUUUUGGAUGCCUCAACAGUUAAACUAAGAAAACAUGAGAAGAAGUUUCUUCCUGGGAAGAUGUAUGGACCCUUCUCUUUCAUCAACGUAUCCUACGGAAGAGAGAAAAUCGGGGAAGGACAUAGUCUAAAGAACGAUGUUGAAGUUGCUGUGUUGUCUGAGAUAGUUGCCAACCUUUUCAGAGUGUCAAAGAAUCAAAGGAGACAGAUCAGCGUCGGUGUUAUUUCCCCUUACAAGGCUCAAGUAUUCGCAAUCCAAGAAAAGAUUGGAGGGAUGUAUAGUAGUGAUGAUACUGGAGGCCUAUUCACUCUGAAUAUUCGGUCUGUUGAUGGGUUUCAAGGGGGUGAAGAGGAUAUUAUUAUAAUCUCAACUGUUCGGUCUAACGGGAAAGGCACAGUUGGUUUCCUUUCGGACCGACAGAGAACAAAUGUAGCUCUCACCCGGGCAAGGUUUUGCUUAUGGAUACUUGGUAACGAGGCAACUUUGACGAAUAGCAAAUCCGUGUGGACGAAGCUAAUUGAGGAUGCCAAAGAACGACAUUGUUUUCACGAUGCCAAAGACGAUAAAUCUUUGGUCCAAGCUAUGGCAAGAGCAACCAUUGAUCUCAACCAGUUUCAAAAGCUACAGAACAAGAAAUUAUUCUUGUUCAACUCUUCUAAAUGGAAGGUCUGCUUCAGCGAAGAGUUACCAAAAUCUCUGAAAACUGUUAUGGACUGUGAAAUUUACAGUAAAAUCAUGAAACUGUUGGAGAGGAUAUCGCAGGGUCGGUUUCAAUGUCAGUCUGAGAGGGACAGUUUGGUUUCAUCUUUCGAGAUUCUGAAACAAGACGAGAUCGACGAUGUUCUAAGCCUCGUCUGGGCGGUGGACUUCAUUAAGGAGGGCUUACACUACGUCCAAAUCUUGAAGGUCUGGGAGGUCUUGCCACAGUCCAAAGUUCCUCGAGCUGUACAGCGUUUAGACAAAUACUAUUCCAGAUACACAAAAGUCGAGAUAUUACGAUGCACAUCAAGACUUACUCGAGGGAACUUAGUCUUACCUAUGAGAUGGCCGGUUGCAGAAACUGGUUCUUUACACGGAAAUGGAUCCGGUGAUCUCUUAUUGAGCGACGUUACGAGAUCAUUUGCAUCUUUGAAUUUGAAGGGUGAAACAAUCGUCCCGAAACCGUCCAAGAGACAUUGGAAGCUGAAGAAGAAGAAGAAGGGUACUAACACUAAGAGUCUAUCAAAUCUCAAGGCACCUCGUAAAUAAACUGCUGAGUCUACGGCGUCCAUGGUUGGUAAUGUUGCAAGUGGACGAAUAGCAACGAUGGAGAAGUUUUGGAAACUCGAUGCGAUAUUUUGUAUUAUUUCCAUUCUGUCACUACGAGGCGAUAUUUUGUUUGUGAAACUUUGACAUUCGCCGCCACCACGACGAUAUUUGGCAGAUAGCUUGGAUCGCAAGUAACCAUAGGAAAGUUGGGCUUGACAAUUUUCUAAAUGUUGCUUGCAAUUCAAGCUAUUUCCCUACUGAAAAUCGUGUUCAGACAUGAUUUUAAAUGCAGGUUAGAAAGCUGCUGCACCUUUGAUAUUA